ACUAAAUUUCAUAAAGGUAUGAGACAUUUGUGCAGUUUGGAAUUGCUUUAUCGACUAUAUAGAUCCUUACAUGCUUGAUAUUUUUCUAAAUAUAUUUGUCGUAUUGUUCUAAAAUUUCCCAAAUAGCUUGUUACUUGAAAAUGGAACUGAAAAAUACUUAUUAUAAAAAGAGGUUAGUAAACUCAUCAAAGAAAUUCUUCAAAUCGGAAAGUUUCUCUUCUCGCAAAAGCUCAUCAGACUUCAGGACUGAUAAGUACAAGUUCGGUAGAUUAUAGGCAGUAUGACCAAGACGAAUCUGCCUCCAAAUAGGAUAAAUAUGGCAAAGUCUUCGAAUCCCAAGACAAUGCUAUCAAUGAUGACUAUUAGGUAUGGGAAGACUAAAUAAGCAAGAUCAUGUUUUGAAUGACCAUCAGCUCAAGAAUACCACAAUUAGAAUAAAAUAAUCAAGGAAGAGAUUUGGCGUCUUUUAGAGAGCCGCAAGCGAAGAUGAGUGAAAAUAUACCAGAAUCUUCACCCUUCGACACUGCAGCAGUACUUCCGAAAGGAAAGAAUAGGAUCAGAACAAUAGGAGCUGCUGUUGGAAAUUUAAACGGAAAUCGGAGAAAGCAAUUUAAGAAACAAAUAAUUUUACCUAACACUCCUUCUAAGAGACAUACUAAGGAAAGGAAUAGUCUCAGCAACUUUUUUCUUUUGGAUCAGAAGGCCAAUAAAUUCUUAUUUGAGAGUCAGGAUUGAAGAGCCAUGCAAAAUUCUAAUAUAAUGAAAAUAUCCAAAAUUGAAUUCCAAGUUAAAGGACACUGUUUACAGAAGAAGAAAUUGGGCAAAACUAUGUCAAACAUCAGUGCGGACAAACUUGGCCUUACUGAGAAGAUGCCAAAUGUUUGUUCUAAAUCGAGGUUAUUAGGGGAAGAAAUUAAGGAAGAAGAAAGAACCACCAGAAAUACUUCGAUUACUUCAUGUAGGCCAAGCCAAAACUUGGUGAAAGAGCCAGAAAUUUCUUCUAUUCAAGCAGAAGUUGACCUUGAAGAUAAAAAGGAAUCAUUUCUUGAAGAGACAGGAAUCAGCGAGAGAAUUCUCACCAAAACUUUUAAUGUAUAUGGAAGUAAUUCCCAUAAAAUUACAGGGGAAAACAAGUCAUAUGGAUGAUCAUGUGGCAAAGCUACAGAUCCGACUCUGAACGGAUGAAUAAGAGCAGAAGAAUGGCUAAAAUAUGCUUUUAACGGAUUCUCAAAAUCUUUUAGCCACAAAGACCAGAAAGUGUUCCAAGAACUUGUUGAUACUAAGGUGAAAAAUGAGUUGUCAGCUGAAGUUGAGAAUGAUGACAGAAUUCCCAUUACUGUAUGUAUUGAGAAUGAUUUAACACGGACUUUUCCAACUGAAGAGUACUAUAAACCUCCAGAAGCAAAACAAACUUUAUUUAAUGUUUUAAAAGCAUACACUCUUUAUGACACCAAAUGAGGAUAUGUGCAGGGAAUGAACUUUAUAGCAGCUAGUUUAUUAUAUCAUUGAUCUCCAGAUAUUGCCUUCUGGCUUCUGGUCUCUCUCAUGUUUGACUAUAAUCUCAGAGAUAACUAUGAGGCAGGAUUUACAGGGAUUGAGGACAUAAAUGCAGAAAUUAGCAGAUUAAUUGCGAAAAAUUGUCCAAAAUUAAAUAAAUUAUUCAAAGAAACUGAGACGGAUCUGUCUAUUUUCUCAUUCGAAGUAAUCAUGACUCUUUUUGGAACAGCUAUUCCUCUAUCAGCUACAGGUGAUUUUUAUGACAACUUCUUCAAAGAGGGUUGGAAUUUCUUCGCAAAAUUAAUAAUAACUUUCUUAUCAAAACUCCAAAAACCACUACUCAAAGAGUCCGAUCCCUGGAGCAUCAUCAGUAUCAUAAAAGCACAUGCAUCACCUGCUUCAAACUCCAACAGGUCUGCUGAAAUCCCUCUGGUCCCACUCGACUGGCCUGCUUUGAUCAAAACUGCCAGUACUAUGAAAUAAGUCUUCAAUUUUUGCUAACC